AACGAAUUGUGAUUUCGUUUUCAAUUCUCCCUAAUUUCAUAAUAUCGAAGCAAGGACUUUUUCGUGCAGAAAUUUUGACUAUGAUUUCGUAUGUUAACCAAAUAAUCAAUAUUUAACAUCGUCCAUCGACAGUCCAAAAUGAGGAAUCACUUUGCGUUGUUUUUGCUGCUGCUGGCAGCAUCGAUUAGCGUCUCUACGAGAACUGAUCUGUACUUCAACAGCUCCUUGCCGGCGCCCCAGCAACACUUCAAGUUCCUCUUCCUGCUCCCCACAGUUCUACCCAGUCACACGUGGGCGGUUGCGCCCCUUGCUGUGGCCCUAGCAUAUAGAGGGCACGAGGUGCACAUGUUGUGUGAAAAUCCAGACAUCUACCAGUUACCGAACGUCACGUGUAUCGACCUCGGCUUCAAGUUCGACGAGCCUGAACAACAGCCCAGAUAUUAUGAGGGCGUUAGUGUACUCACGGAAAUUAAAAAAAUGUUUAGAGCAUAUAACAAUGUUUCAUAUCAACUAUUAACAUCGCCGCGAGUUUUGAAUCUGUACGACAAUCGGAAAAAAUUCGACUUCAUCGUGGCCGAAGACUUGACUUUAAUUGUUUUGUAUCCUCUCCUGCACGAAAUGCCAUACGCCCUUUACUCUACCAUUGGCUUGAACCCAUUUCAAAGCGCAGUGGCCGGUAAUGUUCAGAACCCUCUCACUGUAGCCGAUGGCUGGUCAUACAAUUUCCCAGAUUCAUUUUCUUUCCUCGAUCGCAUCAAGAAUUUGAUGACGAAUUGCAUCCUUUAUAUUUUUGCGUGGAGCGCUUUUCAUAGCGCCGAAAUAACGGCGACGGUUCAUCUGCCCGAAGCCCCUUCAAUGACUGAAAUAGAACGCAAUGUCAGCAUACAUUUCGUGAGCACCAUUCUGGCUCUUGACGGACCCAUGCCACUCCUACCGAACCAGAUUCCUGUGGGAGGCAUUAUACUUCGCCCGCUUCCUGAUCUGCCGCCAGAACUUGCUGAGUUUCUAAGGGGUGAAGAGCCUGUAGUUUACGUGAGCUUUGGGCUAUCUACACUCAAAGACGAUAGCAUCCCACGCCAAUUGAAGGAUAUAAUGUUUUCUGUCUUCGCAAAGCUUCCGUACAAAGUAAUUGUGAAAAUAUCAAAUCAAAAAACAAGAAGAAGCAGCAACGUUCUUUACGUUGACUCGGUGCCUCAGCAGAGCAUUCUAGCUCAUCCCAACGUAAAGGUGUUCGUUUGUCACUUUGGGCUGAGUGGUACGACCGAGGCCCUUCAAAAUGGAGUACCGAUUGUCGGCUUACCGGCUAUUUACGAUCAACUUCGAACAGCAAAACUUCUGGUUAAACAUGGAGUAGCUAUUCAACUGUCAUGGGCUACAUUGGAAGAAAAUGUUCUAAAAGAUGCCAUCGAAGAGGUCAUGCACAAUCCAAGUUACCGACGCAAAAUGGGGGAUUUGUCUCGCAUAUUUCGAGACCAGCUCGUCUCGCCGCUGGACACGGCGGUCUACUGGACCGAGUACGCAGCAAGACACCAGGGAGCGCCACACCUCCAGUCUCCUGCCAAAAGCCUUUCUUUCAUAAAGUUAUUUGGGCUUGAUAUCUUGGCUCUGGUUAUCUUCGGGUCUUUAAUAAGCUAUAUGAUUAUGAAAAAAACCUAUUCAACUCUCGGAAUGUGCACUGGAAGAAAUCGCAAAUUAUCCAAACAGAAGUCAUGUUAAUCAAAACAUGAAGGUAUCGGAAUCAACGUUGAUUAGAAUGUCCUUGUCGGAAGUUCAAAACGGAUUCUCUUUUUCGUCAAGACUAUUGCAAGCAAACUUUUUGUACUUCCAAAAAAACAAAAAGUAUAGUAGAAAAAUAAAAUAGUCAGGCUCAAUAAUCACAAUAAUAGUCAAUAAUCUCAUCCCAGGCAUGGGAUGAGAUUAUUCCCUAUGAGAUUAAGUUAAAUGUGAAAUAGUUAUGAAUUAUGUAAGAUUCAUAACCUUGUGCGAUCAGAUUAUCUGUAAUAAUUGGGCACGAUCCUGUUGACAAGUUUAAAAUUCAGGCAAUUAUGGAUCCAUCAGCUGAUGUAUGAAAAGUAAUGUAUGAAAUUUUACAGAAGUAUCGUUCAUCCUUUGAUUAGUUAAUGCAUUGUAUUCAGUCGAGAUUCAUAUUUUGCAUUCUGCAGCAAUUGUUAAUUUUUAUUUAAUGAUGUGUAAGAAAAUGCAUGUUGUCUUAAAAUCUUUCGCAAGAUCUUCAUCGAUAAUUCAAUUGACUGACAAUUUGACCUCAAGACGUUAAAAUUAGGCCAAUCUAGAUUUUAGAAAAACCAAAUAUUUCAUUGAAAUAAUAUAUCCAUGAUCUAUUUACACGGAAAAGUUCCUUCGGCUUUUGUUAUGAGCAUAAGAGCUCUAAUGAAAUUGAAAUAAAUUGUCUGCACGUCCAAUGUUUUAGGGAUGCCCUCAUUUAUCGCUGGUAUUUCUAUUCAGCUGCAGGAUUUAGGCGUGAUAAAUACUGUUUCAUGAAAUGGUUUUCAGAUAGUGAUAGUAGUAGCAUUACAGUAAAUAUUUCGGAAAUACUAUCAAAAUAUUGUACCGUGUUACGUGCACGUAUUCCUAGUUAAGAUUAUCCUGAAUAUAGAGGAGCAAGUAAAAAAAAUGUAACUCAGUACU